AUGUCCAAACACUUGGGCGUGCGCUGUGGCGACCUGCAGAUCGCGUACAUGCGUUGCAAAGAGAAAUAUAACCACCCAGAGGACUGCCUACAAGAGGCCAAGGCGGUGGUGCGCUGCUCGGACAACCUCCUGCUGGAGAUGCUCGAGAAGGUCCCCCGCGAAUUCAAAGACUACUGCGACUGCCUCGAUUACUACACCCUGGACAUUCGGAAGUGCCGCGCGGAGCAGAAGACACUCGAGAAGGCCAGCCCGCCCAGCUGA